AUGCCCCCUCGCAGUCUCCGGACGAUUGUAAUUCUUGUUGCGACCGCGCUUGUAGUCUUUCUUGUAUCUUCUUACAGCCACAGGCACCUACCAGUCGAAGCCAUCCAGCAACACCUUCCUUCCUUGUCACGUCUGCAAGUGCCGCACUUUGAGGUCCCACAACAACUACAAUGGACCACACAUGAAUCCGACGAAACACCAUCCUCCCCUUCACCGGCGCGGUAUAACCUGUCCGAUAUCUGGUUCCCCCAGGUCGAGAAGACGGUAGAAGACCGAUUAUGGGUACCGAAGAACAACAAGGCUAUGCGGGAGUUGCUGUCAUGCAUGCAGGAAGGAACAUGUCGACCUAACCAGGACAGAGUGGUCAUUCUGGGAUCUUGGUUCGUGCGCGAUGCUCUAUUGCCCACCAAAUUCGCUGGGGAGCAUGUUUGGGCUCGUUCGAUUAUGACUGCGCUCGAUAAUUUAGGCUACACGUCCAUCUUCGCAACCGAUAAUACCGACAUCGUGCGAAUAUACCAGAUGUUCCCAUCCCUCGUCGUAGCUGUUAUCUAUGAGCCCUUCGACUUGGACUGGUGUCUUGGAGACGAAAACUGCAUCAAGUCAGACCGCAAUCCCUGGGGCAUACCUAUAUGGAAGCUUUUGAUGUUCACUUAUUGGUCUCAGCCCAAAGGCCCUUUGGGCGCAAAUUGGACGAUAGUCCCGGAGCCGUACCACAAGUUGUCGCGCGGAGUGGCACGAAACACCUACAUCGGCUACUCCAUCGAGAACACAUGCGGCCCACAUGCAUUCGUGCCCACAGAAGAGCGCUCGAACUCGGCGUACUUUCUCACAAAGAAAGCGCAAUGGUUCUUCCAGAGCUGGCCGCUCGAUUUCUACACGGCCGCAGCUGCGGCGACUGGCGUUGACUUCGUUAUGGGCCUGCACGACGUGACAGCCCGCGAUCCAGACCACCUGGACAAGGAGAUCACGAUGAAGGAUAUACCGUUUCCGCCCGGUACACGAGAUCUGGGAGCACUGUCGCCGUCUGACUUCCUGUCUGAGCUCUCAAAGCACAAGCUUCUCAUAGGUCUGGGCGCACCGGUAACAUCACCCACUCCAUACGAGGCACUAUGCCUAGGCGUCCCCUUUAUCAACCGGAUACGGAACUGGGAUCGCACCAACCCGGACGAUCGAUACAGCUGGGAUGCACAACAUGAAGUACUGAAGUUCAUGGACCCUCCAUACGUCUACAACGUCUUUCGAGACGACAAAACUGGGUUCAUUGACGCCAUUCAGUCCGCCUUGCGUACACCUAUCGAAGGAUAUGUACUCGCGGACAUGCACAUGAGUGCUGUAACGGCGCGGCUGCAAGCCGUUCUUGAGCGAGACCUAUACGCCAUGGCAAAAGAAGUUCUCGACAGAAGAAAAUCGGGUGAGGAGGAGGAUCCUUUGUUCACGCUCUAG